AUGGGCUCGUGGAAAGACAUCGCAGCUGCAAAACGCGAAGCAAUUCUAGACUCUAUUCCCUCAAAAUGGCGCAUGUCCCGCAUCCCAUCCAGAGAGGAACAGAAAGACGUCACUGGACCGUAUAUACACCAAUUCCUCAGCAAGGAGGAAAUUCAAAUAACAGAGACGGAUGCUGUGGGCCUUGCUAACCAGAUCUCUUCCGGCAGCUGGAAAGCUACUGAGGUUACUGAGGCAUUCUGCCAUAGAGCUUCCCUUGCACAUCAGCUUACGAACUGUUUGCAUGAAACAUUUUUUGAUGCUGCAUUGUCAGAUGCCAAGGACCUCGAUGAUUACCUUGCCAAGCAUGGCAAAACCCUUGGACCUCUUCACGGCGUUCCAAUCAGCCUAAAAGACCAAUUUCAUGUCAAGGGGGUUGAUACUAGCAUGGGCUAUGUCGGUUGGAUCGGCACCUUCCAAGGCAUCAAGAAUGAUCCGAGGAAGGGAGUGUAUGAGAGUGAAAUGGUGCGAGAGCUUCGAGCCCUGGGCGCAGUUUUGUAUUGCAAGACAAGCGUACCACAUACCUUGAUGACCGGAGAGACUGUUAACAACAUAAUCGAGUAUACCUGGAAUCCUAAAAAUCGCAAUCUUUGCUCCGGCGGAAGCUCUGGAGGUGAAGGCGCACUGAUUGGGUUGAAAGGCUCACCAGCCGGGUUUGGGACCGAUAUUGGUGGCAGCAUCCGCAUUCCUGCUGCCUUCAAUGGACUAUAUGGAAUUCGGCCAUCUGAAGGCAGGCUGCCCUUUGAAGGUAUGGCCAACUCCAUGGAUGGCCAAAACUCGAUCCUAUCAGUGGUUGGCCCCCUUGCCACCACCAUUGGAGGUGUCAGGCUGCUCGUGAAAGCAAUCCUGUCACAAUCACCUUGGUUGCACGACCCUUUGGUUGUGGACAUGCCCUGGCGCGAUUGGGUCGAGCAUGAAACUCGGGAUCUGAUCAAAGCAGCAGCGUCUGGUAACAGCAAGCUGUCAUUCGCAACUCUAAAGCAUGAUGGUGUUGUUGGGUUGCACCCUCCUGUUGCUCGUGCGGUCCAGGUUUGUGCGGAUCUUCUCGCCAAAGCCGGUCACAAAGUCAUUGAAUGGAAGCCACCAUCACAUCAACACGGCACGAAAUUGGUUUUUAACGCCUGGAAAUAUGAUGGCGGCGCUGAUAUUCAUUCCGCCGUGGCUCUGUCCGGAGAACCACUCGCGCAACAACUUUCAGUUUUUGGAGAUAAGCCAGAGAAGCAGUAUUCUGCGGCCGAAAUAUCGGCGAACAAUGUGGCAUUACGAGAAUGGCGGAAGCAGUAUAUGGACUACUGGAACAGCACAACCGAGUUCACCGGCACAGGGAGACCGGUGGAUGGUGUCAUUACCGCUGCUGCGCCAUUUGCGGCAGCUCCUCCAUUAGGCUAUACGUACUAUGGGUACACGAUGUUUGUCAAUGGGCUUGAUUAUACCUCGGUGGUCAUUCCAGUAACGACGGUGGAUAAAAGCCUCGAUGUUGUGGACCAUUCCUAUCAGCCGCUGAAUGAUAUAGACAAGACUAUACAGAAUGGGUAUGAUCCAGAGAUUUAUGAUGGUGCUCAUGUUUCCGUGCAGCUAGUGGGCCGGAGAUUACAAGAGGAGAAGAUGCUAUUAUUGGCCGAGCACUUGGGUUCAAUGCUAAAGAUUUGA